AUUUCACUGUUCUCUCUCUCUCUCUCUCUCUGACUCUCUCUCUCUCUCUCUCCCCUCCCUCUUGUGCACACAUUCACACACAUACACACACAAACACACGCACACACACACAGAAACUAAUGUGAGUUCCCCUAUCUGUCAGAGCCAGUUCCUCCAUUUAAGAUGCUGACUUGUUUAUGUUGCAGGGACAAGUGGAGGACUUUCGCUCGCUCUUGCUCUUUGAAGCUUGUGUUUCAGGUUUAAGUUGUCGGCUUUGUCGCCCGGCGGAGGGAGCGUGGAGUCUGCUCUGCUGCUGAUUUGUGGUUGACAGAUAUCUGCAGAUUGCUCAGGGAGUGUGGCUGACUGACUCACUGAGGGGUUUGAUAAGCAGGGAGUUUAGUUCAGUGGAUGACAGGUCGGUGGGCAGGCCUCACCCCCAGCAGCUCUCUGUCCUGUGCCCGCUCCUGCUGUCCUGGGCAUAUAAACACAUAAAGGACACAGACCAGGAGGAGGAGGAGGAGGAGGAGUAGGGUCAACCAUGGAGCUGUAGGGACACGCUCAGAUGCCCGUGCGGAUCACCAGUGCAGGAGGAGCGCCGCUGAGGAGAAGAGCUCUGCAAUGAACAAGACCAAGAGGAAAUCUAGCGACAGCCCUGCUGUGCUGAAGAGCAGGAAACUGGUCCAGCGGAGGAGGAACACAUGUCCCAGUCCUCAGGACAUCACCCGGGCCCUGCAGAGCCCCAGCUCCCCCUCCAGCUCCAGCGCUGCCAGCCUGGAUGAGCUCAUCCAGCGCUGCCUGAACUGCUUCGAUUCCGAGGGGAAGCUGUCCAGCCCCAGAGGCUCACAGCUGGUCCAUGUGACGCUGAUGAUGCACAGUUGGGUCGUUCCAUCUCAGACCUUCGCCCAGAAACUUCUCGCCCUAUAUCCUCCGCUGUCGCUCGGUGCAGCGCGCCGGGCCAACCGGUGCACUGCUCCCAAUCACAUGUCAUUAAUCAGAUCAGAAAACAGACAUGGCUUUGUUUUGCACUCCUGGACGCCAGAGCAGAUUGAAGUGUAUAUCCCUGCUGCUGUGUGUUUGGUGUGGUGCUGCUCAGUAUCUGCAUGUGUGUUAACAUCCUUGACUCCUCGGCUCACUUAUAAGGACGGUACGCUGGACAAGAGAGGCCAGAGACGGGCCCAGAUCUGCCACCUUGUCAGGCAGUGGAUCAGCCAGUUCCCGGCCGUGUUCGAGGCUGACCCCCUGCUUGAGCAGACCAUGGGGGACCUGUGGGACCUGGUCCGGUCCGACGGAGAGGAGACCCAGUCGCAGCUCAUCGACUCCUCCUGCUUAGACCCUCAUGCAAAUGUCUCCCAGGCCCCCUCACCCUCGGUGAAGAAGAGGAAGGUCUCUCUGAUCUUCGACCACAUGGAGCCGGAGGAGAUGGCCCAGCACAUCAGCUACCUGGAGUUCAAGAACUUCUGUAACGUUUCGUUCAUGGACUACCGCAGCUACGUGGUGCGAGGCUCGGUGAGGGACAACCCGGCCCUGGAGCGGUCGGUCAUGAUGUGCAACGGCGUCUCCCAGUGGGUGCAGCUGAUGAUCCUCAGCAGACACACGGCCCAGCAGAGGGCGCAGGUCUUCACCAAGUUCAUCCACGUGGCUCAGAAACUCCGGUCUCUGCAAAACUUUAACACUCUAAUGGCUGUGACCGGAGGCCUGUGUCACAGCUCCAUCUCCCGCCUCAAGGACACGUCCAACCUGCUGCCCCCUGACGUCACCAAGGCCCUGAGUGAGAUGACGGAGCUGCUCUCCUCGCGCAGCAACUACAGCAACUACCGGCGCCUCUACAACGAGUGCAGCGGCUUCAAGGUGCCCAUCCUGGGCGUCCACCUGAAGGACCUGAUCUCGCUGAACGAGGCCCUGCCCGACUACAUCGACGGGGACAAGAUCAACCUGAGCAAGCUGCAGCACCUGUACAGCAACAUCAACGAGCUGCUGGCCGUCCACAGCUGCACCCCCCCCUUCGAGGCCAACAAAGACCUCCUGCACCUGCUCACGCUUUCUCUAGAUUUAUACUACACCGAAGAUGAGAUCUAUGAACUCUCGUACACCAAGGAGCCCAGGAACCCCAAGAUCCAGCCGGUAGCUCCGGUGAAACCUCCGGUGGUGGCCGAGUGGGGCUCGGGAGUCAACCCCCGGCUCGACCCCGACACCAUAUCGAAACACGUCAAGCAGAUGGUGGAUUCCAUCAUGAAAAACUACCACCAGAACCAAGACGGCUACAUCUCACAGGAGGACUUUGAGAAGAUUGCCGCCAACUUCCCCUUUUCCUUCUGCACCCACGAAACCGAAAGGGAGGGACAAAUCAGCCGUGAGGAGAUCACCUCUUACUUCAUGAGGGGAAUGUCCAUAUGUGCCAAGCUGGGCUACAACUUCCGAGACGUGCACAACUUCCACGAAACCACGUACAAGCGGCCGACGUUCUGCGACACGUGUGGAGGCUUUCUGUGGGGCGUCAUCAAACAGGGCUACCACUGUAAAGACUGUGGGAUAAACUGCCACCGACACUGCAGAAACCUGGUGGGGAUGGAGUGCUUGAAGAAACACAAAAACACCACCGGCUCCUGUCCCUGCACCCCCGCCCCCGACUCCAGAACCAAAGGCAAUAGCUGGAGUUCAGAGGAGGAGACCUUUGUUUUCCCUCAAGGCAUCGAGACGGACCAGGACAAGGGCUCCUCGGACUGGAAACACAUCAGCAGUGAUUCUUCUCUGUCGGACCGCUCCACUCAGACGGACCCCGGCGUGUGGACGCCUCAGAAAAAGGACAAGAGGGGAAACAACCACAACAGGAUGGUGAACGGAUCUCCAGACAGACGGGCCCACACGCUGCCUCCGAGGAGCCGAGUUGGCUCCAUGCCCGUUUCCUUCCUGCAGGAGAAGAUGGAGGAGCUGCAUCUCUACAAAGACAAGAGCAGAGAGCCGGACUGAGCGCUCGUGUCUUCUUUAAGUUUCCCCACACGGACACAAACGCCAGGACGCCACCAUGUUGUGACAGAGCUGCAUCGGACUGGGGUUGAACUCAUGAGAUUUCACUGGCCAGCAGUUAUAAAUGGACUCCUUCAUGUUUGUCACGUGUUUUUAAUUUUAUUUCUGUCAAGUCUUGUUGGUGUGUCGAGUUGUUCAGGCUUCAAACAUCCGAUUCUACUGUAAUUUAUGAACAUCUCACUUUGUUUCUCAAAACUCGUGCCUUGGUUCUCUGGUGCUAAGAUUCUACACAACCUCAGAAAGUCACUCACAGAAUCACAACCUACAGACACGCAACUGUUUCCUGAUCAAAUAUAUGAAAUUUACAUUCAGGGUAGGAACUUAACACUAACUUCAACAUAUUGGUUAAAAUAAAUUUUAACUCUGGCAGCUACA